AUGCGUCUCCUAGUGAUACUAUUACUCGCUGUCUCUAUUAAAGCGCGACACAUUGAAAAGGAAUGUACUGGAAUUGUCGUAAAUGACAUACUUCAGAAUGAAGAAAUUUUAAAGACGCAUGUUAUGAGUCCUUAUCAAUUGGCAAUGGAUUACGAUACUAACACAUUAUUCUACAGUUAUUCGACAGAAGAUUCUAAUGUCUUUCAAUCCGCUUAUCUUAAUUUGAAGACAAAUGAAUUCGGUAACAUACCUGGCAUUGCUGGAGGCUUUGCUAACGCAGUUGAUAAUAAGAAAAAUACUGUUUACCUCGGCGGAAAAGAUGGUAUUUAUGAAUUUAAUUACAAUUCUAAAACUGCGCAACGUCUUGAUAUAACUGAUGAUAAUAUUUGGCAAUUGAUUUAUAAAGAUAAAUUGUACUACUCAAAAUAUCCAGAAGAACACGCUUAUAUAUUUCAAAACGGUAGAGUUGAGAGAGUACCGGAAUUGAUUAACACCAGAGCCAUGCUGCUAUGUGUCGAUGACUACAACAAUAUUUACUUUUCAAAUUCAUCUGGUUUGUUUAUUCAUAAAAAAGCAAAUGAUGCCGUCAUUCACAUUGGAGACUUUAAUGUCAAUGGAUUUACUUAUGAUGUCCAUGGUGAUAUAUUUUUCUCUACACCAGAUGGCAUUUUCUCUAUUGACGUUGCCAAGAAAGAAGUAAGGAAUGUGGCAAAAAUUGAAAGCGUCAGUGUCUAUGGUGUGGCAAUAGAUAUUACUGGAAAUAUCAUUUAUGCGUCAGAGGAUAGUAUUAUUAGACUCAAACCAAGUGCAAAAAAUUGUCCUACUGAAGAUGCUACUGUCACAUUUUACUAA